AUGGCGACCCCCAACGUCGUUGCCGCCCAAGGCCACCCUCUGAGGACUGGCUCCAACUCACCUCUGCGGCUUGACGUCCAGCACAACUGCAACUUCACUAAAAAGCUCCACGCGGCUCUGCGCGACCUUAGUCAGAGAAUGACUGCGCAGCGCCAGACUGACGAUGUCGACGCGGAUAACUCGCCCUCCGGUCGCACGCCGCCAGAAGAGCGCAACAAGGGCCACAACGAUGGAAAGGUUGACAUUGGUGACUUUGAGCGCAUGAACCUUGCAACGACAGCAGCUCCCGCUACGAUGCACACGCAGGACAGCUCUUCCAGGGCAGUCAUGACCACGACAUCUGUGCCACCUCCUACACCCACCACCCAGUCGCUGCUAGAGCAAGCUCCGUGCGAGACAGCCCUGAGGAAAGCAAGCAGUGUUACGAAGACCGAGUCGAUUGCUGCAAUCUCCAAAGCUCAGAUGGACACAAAGCAUUGA